GGAGAGAGAGAAAGAAAAGUGGGGGUUAGAGAAGUGCGGUUGUGCGUUUCCUGCUUUCAGUCGGUGUGUGCGUGUGUUUGUGUGUGUGUGUGUGCAGAACACAGAAGAGAAACUUCCUCGACUAGAGCUCAACGGACGCCUUUUUUCACAUGCUGUCCACAUGAAUUCCAAAUAAACCGGGGGAGACGCGCCAGAGGGACCAUGAGCCGUGGAUCUAAAGCAAAAACAGAAAGCGUCCGGAGCUCGCUGCUGAGUUCGCAGGAGAAUGAGCAGCUGGAGGAGCUGAUGGGCAGAAGAUGUGCUUCCACAGCCACUGCGGUGGCCCAGCUGUUCAUGGCCCUGCCUCACAGCCCCUCCGCGUGGAGCCUGCAGCACACCGGGGUGCUGUGCUUCAUCAAAGACAGCUUCCAGCGCUCCUACUUCAUACGGAUGUUUGACCUGAAGACAGGGAGGAUGGUUUGGGAGCAGGAGAUCUACAACCAGAUGCUUUACUCCUCGCCGCAGAAGUACUUUCACACCUUUCCCGCGGACGACUGUCAAGUCGGCCUGAACUUUUCUGCGCAGCAGGAAGCAGAAGCCUUCCAGGACGCUGUCGAGGAGAAAAUCAACCAGAGACAGAGCCGUCAGGGUCAGAAAGAAAAGAAACAGCGCCCCCUGCCGCCCAGUGAUAGAGCUUCCCUGCCUCCACCCCCACCAGAAAAAGCGUCACUUGGCAGCCCCGGUUCUUUUCAAAUGUCCACUGUGGAGAUCCCGAACCCGGACAUCCAGUCUUCACGCUACCGCUCCAUGCCUUCGCCCACUGCUUCCUUAAGUCUCACCGGCAAAGGGAAGAAGAACAAGAAGAAAGACAAAAAGGCGCCCAAGUUCUCCAAAGCAGACAUCGGUGCACCCAGCGGAUUUAAGCACGUCUCUCACGUCGGCUGGGAUCCCAACAACAUCGACCCCGACCUGUUGAAUCUGCUCUCCCAAGCCGGAAUAGGCGAAGAUGAGAUGAAGGACGAGAAGACCUCCCAGCUCAUCUUAAACGUCAUCGAGCAGUCCGGGGGCAUGGAGGCGGUCAAGCGGGAGGUGAACAGAGCUGGCGGACCACCUCCAUCCGGGAGACAGGGGCCUCUGCCUCCUGUGCCGGGCUCCUCCGCCCCCGCCCCUCCGCCCCCACGAGGCCGCUCCGGCCCCCUGCCCCCCGUCCCGGGCCAGUCCUCUCGGGGGCUCCCGCCUCCUGCCCGAGGAGCGUUGCCACCCCCGCCUCCGGCAACGAGCAGAAGUGGCCUUCCGCCGCCACCAGCCCACUGCGCACCUCCUCAGUUCCCCUCAGCGCCGCCCCCGAAGGCCCCCAACAACCUGCCUCCACCCCCUCCGCCGAGCCAGCAGCGCUCCUCGGGUUUCCCACCUCCUCCUCCUCCAUCUACACCGCCCAGCAGAGGCGGUGGAGGGCCACCUCCUCCUCCUCCUCCGCCACCUCCACCACCCAUUUCUUCAAAUUUCCCACCUCCCCCUCCUCCUCUCACCGGGGACCUGCCACCACCACCUCCCCCUGCCUCAGAAGAGGAGGAGGAUGGUGGUGGUGGUGGAGGAGGAGGAGGAGGAGGAGGAGGAGGCGGAGGCGGAGGAGGAGAAGAGCCCAGAGGAGCUCUGCUGGAUCAGAUUCGACUGGGGAAGAAGCUCAGAAACGUGAUAGACAGUCCCGACGCGCCGGCACCGGAGUCCAGCGAGGGCAUCGUUGGCGCUCUCAUGUCGGUCAUGCAGAAGAGAAGCAAAGCCAUCCAUUCCUCGGAUGAAAGUGAAGAUGAUGGUGGGGAUGACGAUGAAGACGACGACGAAUGGGACGACUGAUGAAGUUUGUGUCGAUUUUGAACUGAUAGAAUUCUUAAUUGUAAUACUUGAAUUUCAAGUUUAAUAAUAAAACUGGAAUGUGACUUGAGGUCAAACGAAUUUAAUAUAAAAGACUUGAAAGUGAAAGAAAAGAAGUUUGAGAGUUUUGAAACGUUUUAUAUAUUUGUUCAAACGUUCCAGUGUAGGUUGAUCCUGAUUAAAGCACUGUGAUACUCACAAUGACGUGAAUGGUGACUCCGACUAGAAAAUAAAUCUUGUUUGUUACGCUUCCA